AGAGGAGAAAACCCGAUCUAGUUACUUUGACCAGUCGCUUUCUAUCGUAAACCGAGCACUACUGUUCUACUCCACCACUACUAGGUAGCUUACUGCUCAUAGUUUUUCUUAGUUUAUCUCGACAGUACUCUGAAGGAGCGUGCUGAGAAACAAUCAUCAUCAUCAUCCUCCUCCUCCUCCUCGAAGAAAGACGGAGCAGACAGCCCCUCAGCUCCAUCAACAGAAGCGCUCAAUAACAGGAGCAAACGACCGCGGCGCAGUGAGUGAUUUACAAUCGUGAAUUAUGGAAAAGUUAUCGGUCCAAUUUUAGGAUUUCCGGAAGAGAGAAAAGUGGUCAAAUCGAUCGGGAUGGUGGAAGAGUCAUAGAAAGGUUUUAAAGAAACAGACAUGAAGAUAAGUUGCUGCAAGAAGAUACGUUUAAAGUGAUCGCAAAUAAACGAAAGUAAUCACCAAGGCCCUAAUGGAGAAUGAGACCAUCUCUUCAGGCUACGUCCCACAUUACCUUCUUCGAGGAGAUCCCUUUGCUUCCAAGCUGUCCAGGGAGGCAGACAUAGUGGCGGCGUUCUACAUCCUUGUCAUCGGUAUCUUGUCAGCCACUGGAAAUGGUUAUGUCAUAUACACAACCACCAAAAGGAAGGGCAAGUUAAAGCCACCAGAAUUAAUGAUGCUGAAUCUGGCUGUGUUUGACUUUGGCAUAUCAGUCAGUGGAAAGCCAUUCUUCAUAGUGUCUAGUUUUGCCCAUCGCUGGCUGUUUGGUUGGCAGGGCUGCCGCUACUAUGGCUGGGCCGGCUUUUUCUUCGGAUCUGGAAGUCUCAUCACUAUGACGAUUGUCAGCUUAGACCGCUACUUGAAGAUCUGUCAUUUAAGAUAUGGUACGUGGUUCAAACGGCAUCAUGCCUUUCUCUCUGUGGUUUUUACAUGGAUCUACGCUGCCUUCUGGGCCACCAUGCCAGUGGUGGGUUGGGGUAACUAUGCACCUGAGCCGUUUGGCACCUCCUGCACGCUGGACUGGUGGCUGGCCCAGGCCUCGGUGUCUGGCCAGAGCUUUGUUAUGUGCAUGCUCUUCUUCUGUCUCAUCUUCCCCACCAGCAUCAUCGUCUUCUCCUACGUCAUGAUCAUCUUCAAGGUGAAAUCCUCAGCCAAAGAAGUGUCUCAUUUCGACACGCGGAAUAAGAACAACCACAGCCUGGAGAUGAAGUUGACUAAGGUGGCGAUGUUGAUCUGCGCAGGGUUUUUAAUAGCGUGGAUCCCUUAUGCUGUGGUAUCAGUGGUGUCUGCUUUUGGAGAGCCUGAUUCAGUGCCUAUCCCGGUCUCUGUCGUGCCAACUUUACUUGCCAAAUCCUCUGCUAUGUACAAUCCAAUCAUAUAUCAAGUCAUUGACUGUAAGAAUAACUCUGCAACAAAAUCCUGCUUUCAAGCUUGGAGUAAAAAGAAACACUACAAGACUUCAAGGUUCUACUCCAUCUCUGCCUCCCUGAAACAGAGAGCAGCCAAUGAAGUUCCAAUUGAGAUAUGAGGAAAUGACAGGAACUCACAAUAGGCCUGUGAUAGGACACUGGGCAAUUUGUUAUUGUGCAAUUUAGACAUCAACAGUUCACACCCGCCUAACUUUGCCGUUAUAUCCUACUUCCGUCAACUUACCCUUCUUUUAAAUUUGUCUGUGUGAGUCUAAAGGAAUUAAGUGGUAAAUAUAAUGUAUUUUAUAUAUUGUUUUUACUUUGUUUGCAUUAUAUCCCAGCGUUCCAAGAACCACAGUGUUUAAAUUGUCUGCUUGAGGUCUAAAGUUACUUUUCAAUCAGCACUAGUCUGUGUUCAGUGUAUUGUAUCUGGUCACACAUGCAUCUAUACAUAUAGCUAUAUACAGUACACGCUAGUACUUACUGUUUUUACUUUUUAAUCAAAUUGAAUGGACACUGAUGCACUUACUGAAUUUUCUUUAACAUUAUUAUAAGAGACGCAGCAUGAUAGUUUUAAACCAAGUCUAAUGAUUAUAUACUUAUAUCCAACAUUUUACAUUGAAAGUUGUCGUCCCCCAAGGAUUUAAUCUGGUCUUAAGAAUAUAGUCUUUUUUUUAUUUCUAAACACUAAUUUUAACAUACUUUUUUAUAAUAAACUUAUUUCACAAAAUAAGCUCAUAGAGGGCCUAAAAUUAAUAUUCACUGCAUGAUGGUGUUUUAUCAUUAGAGAGAAGCUUGUAAAUACUUGAACAAAAAACUAAAUGCUAGCACAAUAAUAGCUAAAUAUGAAAGAGUUUAAACUUCUUUUGACGCUGAUCACUGUUUAACAUAAAUGGCAACCAGUAAGAUUUUUGUAACUGGAGCUUUGUUAACACAGUAGACAUAUUAUCACUACAAAAAAAAAAACAAAGAAACAAGAAAUAAAUUGAAUUAAGUAGAAGGACCUAAAAUAGUAUUUUCUGGUAAGACAUACUCCAUUAAUCUGUUUUUAUGACUUUGAAAAAUAAUUUUCUAUAGUGUAUAGUGAUAAAAACUAAAUAUCUUCAGAAAUAUCUGUAAUCAUAAUUUUCAUUUUAUAAUGAAAGUGGACACAAGCUAUUCUGAUCUCUUUUUUGAACCACAAUUUGAAAGCUUUUGAAUCCACGAGUUCAAACCACAAUUGAGUAAAUGAAGAUCAAUGUUUCUGAAUGAAAAGAUUAUUUUUAUGUGCACCAGACAAUCAUUUACAAAGGUCUUCAGCUUUAGUGUGAAAAAAUGCAUUUGCGCUAUGCUCUCAUCAGCAAACAACAGAAUAAAGUUGCACUUGUAAACCUUGUUGGGUUCGGUGUAGAAUGACCAGAGAUUCCCCGUUCUGAUCUCCUGAGCCUCUGACAACUGUAUUACCCAAGGUACUUCAAAUUCUUGCAGUCUGUUGGUAGCUGAUCCUCAUGGUGUUGGAUUUCCCUCAGCAGUUUAUCCUGUUUUUCAGCAGUUCAAUAUAAUGCCCACAUCUUUUCUCUGAUGCUUUCGUACCGUUGUGACAGAGAGGGUGUCUUCCCCUGCAAAUCAAUGCCCCAGUUGCAGGAAGUAGAGAAUGCACUGGAUGCCUCACUGCCUGCCUUCUGUUGUCCUUGUCAUAAUGCAGUUUACAGCAGCCAGGAGCCAGAAUAACAACCAGACAAUACGCUACCCUUCAAUUUCCACCUCUCACGGUCUUUUUAAAUAAUUUUUUUAGGACAUAAGUGAGACUUGAAUGCUUUGUAUAUAAUAUGCUGUUUCCAGUAAAAAAUGUACAGUACAGUAUAUAGUAUGAAGAAAGUAAUGAAACCAAAGGUAAACCAGUCAUAUCUUUAUUUUGUUUAGGCAGAAAGAAGCCUUCUACUAGAAGCCUGCUCUAGUCUUCCCAAUCAGAUCUGACAGGUUUGCCAAUGAAUAACAAAUUCCUGAAAUCACCUUUUAAUGAACGAAUAGAAAGCAGAAAAUGCGUUGAUGUGUGAAUUGGUGUAAAAUGGGAUGUCUAAAGUGGUGAUCCGGGAGGCAAAUAAAGUUGGCAGAUUGAAAGAUACUAAAUAUUUGCAUAUUUCACAAGUGGGGGGGUACUAGUACAAUAUGCAUUCUAUACUAUUUUUAGGGUUCUGCUACUGCAGGGAAGCCUGUCACAACAUUCAGUUACAAAUGCACAAUGUUCUGUUGCAUUAGUCUGUUCAUAAAAUGCAUUGAUUCAGGUUCUUCCUGCUUGAUUCAUUUUUUGUUCCAGAUGUCCUGGCAUAAAUGUUCAUCUAAAUGUAAUGUCCUGGCAUAAAUGUAAUAAUGCACCUUGAUUACAUGAAAGCAUAUAUUCCAUGUAAACUGAAAUAGUAUAUAGUCGUAGAAUAUAGUCGUAACUUUUCAUAACACACAAUGAGCCAUUAUUUAGAAUCAUCAUGUUCGCUUUAAUAUUGUUUAUUAUCAUUAACAUUACCUUUGAGGUGGACAUUUACUGCAAAGGUCAUUGUCAAUACGGUAAACAGGGUUUUAAUGUUUCAUUUCCACAUGUUGAAAUAUUCCUCUGUUACUGUGUUGAUUUCACAUUUUACUGUAAACCUGUAUCAAUUCAUAUGCGUGUAUCCAUGUCAAAAAAUGUAAUAGUGAUCAAAAUAUUGAAUAAAGUUUAAAUACAUUA